AUGAGCACGCCGCCCCCCUCCGCCGCCUUCCCCGUGACGCCCCCGAACUCUGCGGCCAGACUCUCCGGCGAAACGCCCCCGAGCUCGGCGGGCCUGUACGUCCCUUACGGCUCGCGGCCGCCCUCCACCAGCACGCCCCCCAGCUCGGCGACGGGGCUGCGGAACCUGUACUCGAGCCGCAGGGCCUCCGCCGACGCGUCGCCGCUGUCGCCCGUCGUCUUCACUCUCAGCACGAGCCGAAGACUGUCCCUGGACACGCCUCCGAGCUCAGCCGACCUGGUGACGGCUACGCCCCCCAACUCUGCUUCCUCGCAGGCCGUGUUCGGAGAGACGCCCCCGAGCUCGGCGGGCUACUCCAGCACGCCCCCGAACUCAGCGGGUCUGGCGGGGGCCUUCGAAGCGGGCGUGACCGCGGGGACGCUCAAACGGGCCAUGUCCUGCGACUCCGUCAGCUCCGACACGUCCGUAACGCUCAAUGAGCUGGAGGACACGUGCGGCCAGGUCACGGGCCACCUGGCCAUCCAGCUCAUCUACGACAGUGACACCGCUGACCUGGAGGUGGUUGUGGCCGAAGCGCGUGACCUCGUUGGACCUGACCCCCACGUCGCCGUCGACUCCUACGUGAGGGUGUUCCUUCUGCCUGACAAAUCGACCAACAUGCAGACAAGGGUGUGCCGCAGGACCAACAGCCCCACCUACCGCGAGAGAUUCCUGUUCGCCCUGGAGGAGGAGGAGCUUCCGCACCGUUCCCUCGCCUUCUACAUGUACGCGUCGGACAAGUUCACCAAUACGCUCAUCGGCGAAGCUCAUCUGAAGCUGACUGAGGUCGAUCUGGCUGGGCCUUUCACCACCACGGUGCCGCUCACGGAUAUGGGGCAGAAAGGUGUAGGUUACGGUGAGAUCAUGUUUUCUCUCUCAUACUUACCCACGGCUGAGAGACUGACGGUGGUCGUGGUGAAGGCGCGCUCUCUGCAGUGGAUGGAUGAAAAGGAGUCAGCUGACCCGUUCGUGAAGGUGUACGUCCUGCAGAAUGGGAAGAAAGUGAUGAAGAAGAAGACCAGUGUGAAGAAAGACACUCGGUCUCCCGUUUUCAAUGAGGCCAUGAUAUUUAGUGUCCCUGCUCCGGCCCUCCAUAACAUCCAGCUGCGCGUCACGGUGGCCGAGCACAGCGCAGACGGAGGGCAGGCGCGGGCGGUGGGGCACGUGAUCGUGGGCACGCAGGCGACGGGCAAAGCUCUCUCUCACUGGAACCAGAUGAUGUCGGCGCUCAGGAAACCCAUCGGCAUGUGGCAUCCUCUGCGGCGAUAA